AGGCCAUCUUCUCGUAUCCUUGUACGAUUUUUCGCUGUAUCGAACUAAAAGCUCUGUAGUAGACGCCUUUUCAGAUAAAGGAAAACAUCAUUCCUUCCCUACACCUCUUCCUGAGACGUGCUUCAGCCCGCCGGACAAAGUUUCCCUCGGAGCCGGAGUCGUCGUCUCUUUUUCUUAAAAGCUUGUUUCGGUUUCCUAAGCCGUUUUAUCACAAGAACUUUUCAUUUGAUACGUGCACUAAGUCUACUAACUACCUGCUAUCUCUACUUUCCGUCAUCACCCGACGCCGACUAUCGACAAUGACGAUUCCUCACACCACUAGCAUUGCCAGCUUGGCGACUACGGCGUCAGCCGGAUCAAUUGAGAAUGAUAACUCACCAAGGGAUAUCACAAGAAAAAGUGUUAACGUUAACGGAAUUUGUGAUGCAGAAAUGCAUCACAAGACGUGUCAGAAUUUGCCAUGCAUAGCAUGCAUAUUGGGCUACAUUUGUGAUGCAUGACUGCAAUCUGUGAAAACCGUUAACGUUAACACUUUUCCCUGUAAUAAGAGACGUUUCCGCAAAGAGCCCGUGCGACAGCACAACUUCGAAGUCUUCGGCACCGGCAUCGCCAAUCACGAAGGAAGAAGAUGGCAACGGUAGUAGACCAUCGUGUCCUGACGGCACGACAGCAGCGGCUCAGCAGAAGCGGUCUCGUUCCGCGCAGAAGCGAUCGCGCUCGGAGUCCGAGCAUUCUUCAGGAACGGAAACCGCCUUCCCUCCCAGUCCGUAUAUGCGAAGCAAGAGAAUUUUGACUUCUUGGGACAAAGCUAACGACGAUCUCUACGCACCGAACCCGUUUAAGAAGGGCGAGAAUGCGGUUUUCGUGGGGCAUAUCAACACGGACCUAGACUCGGUGGCUGGCGCGAUCGGCGCUGCAGCUCUCUUCGACGGUGUCCCGGCGAUCAGUGAAGAGAAUUUGAACGGUAUAAUUGUUUGUAUAAGUUGGUACUUGAUGUUCUGGAUCAUUUAGGACUGCGAUGAACUUGAAUGCGCCUGCUGCUCUCCCCUGGCACACCAAAGCAUGAAAUUUGUAUUUGAAAAAUGUACAAACAAAAACUACCACAACAGGUGAAAUCGUGUUUGCCCUGGAGCAGUGCAAAAUUGCCCGGCCACAGCUCUUCGAGAAAAUCGAAAAUAUUGAGAAAAAAUCCAUCUGCCUCGUGGACCAUACGGAACCCAAGCAAAUGGUGCCGCUGAUCAAGGACAAGCUCCUGGAGAACGUGGUCGGCGUCAUUGACCACCACGCCCUGGCGCGCAGCUUCGCGACGGAUUCCCCAAUCUGGAUGGACCUGAGGCCAUGGGGCAGCAUGAGCACAAUCAUCACUCAUUUGUUUCUCCAGCUGCAGAAGGUAUAUAUAAUUCUACUUGUCUUCAUAGAUUAUACUGAGAGCUGUUUUCUUGAUGGUGCAUGAUACUAUAUUGAUAUUCAUAACAUCUCUUUGCAUUUAUUCGCAAUAUGAUUGCCUUUAUUUCGCGCACAACCGAUGAACUUAGCGUCACGAGCAAUCAACGUCCGAAAAACUACUACAUCAACAUCAAAUCAGCCUAUCUCCGAGUCUCUCGCGCAGCUUCUGAUGUCUGCGAUUCUCUCCGACACGCUGAACCUGAAAUCCCCGACAACCUGCGCCGAAGACCGAUUUGCGGUCACGCUUCUCGCUCUCCGCUGCGGCUUCGAUACGGAGAAGAAGGUCACGGAAUACGCUUUGCAAAUGUUCGCAGCGAAGACUAAGUGGAUCGCGAGCCUGGGCGCGCGGAAGAUGACACGGGCGGACUGCAAAGAGUUCACGGCCGGCUGCGCAAGUGGUGCCGAUGGAAAGGAAGUUGAAAUCAAAUUCGGCAUUGCUGUCUUGGAAAUCGCUGGGAGCCCGGAGGUUUUGCUGCAGAACGUGGAAGAGAAAGACUUACUAAACCAGCUCGCGGAACUGAAGAAGGAGAAAGGACUGCGAGCACUCUUUCUGUACUGACGAAUUUGUUUGCUUUUGCAUGUCUUUCCUUUUACUUUAAAAUUAUGCCGUUCGCGUCGGCAUAGGCAUACAUGACUACAUAUGGACGAAGAUGAUGAUGAACGUCCUGAGCAUUAGAGAACAUAGCAAAUGAAGCCUGUCGCGCGAAAAUGAGAAUGUUGAGAAAAUAGAAUCCGCUACUACAACAGGUGCAUCGUGGACGUCCUUGCGCAGAAGUCCGUCGCCGUCGCUCUCGGAGAAGAUGAGAUGCAGGUCACGAAAAAGGCUUUCCCCGACAGUGUUGCGACCGAAAAUUCGAAGCAUGUCAUCGAUAUCGGCGCUUUUGUGUCCCGAAAAAAGGAAUUCAUGCCUAAAUACACGAAGGCCGUGGAGAUGCUGGCGUGAAGCGAGAAACGUGCUAGUCGGCUGGCGGGAAGUGAAAAACGUGCUAUUGGGCAUAGCUGAAGUUGAGUUGCUUCUGUCACUAUUUGAGGCAUGAAAAAGUCAGCUCCUACUUCACCUUCGGCCUCAUGGUCCUUUUGGCCUGGCGCACUGCUUUUCGUAGUUCAUCUACGUAAACUGCACGAGGGGCCGCGUGGAGAAGACCAGCGAGGGCGUCCUGAAUCGCGCGGUCAGAAAAAAAGAAAAAGUGUGAGUCGGCGCGUUUGAACCACAAGAAGGCAGCGCUGGACAAAUUCAGCCGCUGACGUUAAUGAAUUGUGUAGAAUGUGAAAGAAGAAGAACUCGUAGCCAAGCGGUCGAGAGGACGGGGCACGAGUUGUGUGUAGCUUGAUGAAGAAGAGUACGUUGCUAUCUUCACUAUUCUGCAAAUCUGCAAAAAA